AUGGAGAACUCGGUAAACAACAGCGUGAAACGAGUCAGAAUGAUACACGAAGAUGAAGAUCAAAAAGAAGAGAGUAGUUGGAUAAUCUACUUUGGAGACAUUGAUCAUGAAGAAGGCAGAGAAGAAACGAUCCAUUACUACGAUAGUGAUUCUUCCAUGGUCUCAGAUGCAGCAUCUCCUGUCCACACCACAAAGAUUAAUAAUGUUGUUGGAAGAAAGGGUAAUAGCAUCAAUACAAACCCUAAAAAGAGACGAACCAUUCAUCAACACCAAGAAGAAGAAAAACAAAAAGGAAAGGAGGAAGAAGAAGACACAGCCUCUUCUCCUUCUAAUAAAACCAAGGGGUUUAAUGUGUUGGAUGGUGCUGAGUAUAAUGCAAAACAUGGAAAAUCCAUGGACAAUGUUACAUCCGAGGUAGUAUUUGAGCCAGGAUGCUUAAAAGACACAGUAUCAAAGAUAAAUGAAGAAUUCUUCUUAGCAGAAUUGAAGAAGAGAGGACUUUGUGUAGUUCCUUUAACAAUGUUAUCUAACUUUGUUGCUUGA